AUGACCGAAAUCAUUUCCCGGGGGGGGUCGGGCGGUUCAGGGCAUCCUCUGUGCUCCGACGACGAUUCCAUCAACACCGGUGGGAACAGUUUAUGGACGGGUUCGAGCAGUAACGAGAAGGACUUCCUUUCGUCUCGUCCUGUCAACAAGGUCGACUGGUUCAUUUCUCACACUUGGACUCGAGACCGUCGCGAUCAUUUGUGUCGAAACUUGGCCGAGUUUACCAGGCUCAAGGGGGCGGAGUUGAAAGAAGUGUUGGACGAGAUCGCGGCGGAGAAGCGUGUGAUCAGGAGAGAGUCCCAAACGCAUUCGCUCCUCGACGAACUAUUGAUGCAAGUUCCGACGGACCCUAUGAUUCUUUGGAUUGACAAGUUCUGCGUGUCUCCCGACUUUCUGGAGCGGAGAUUGGUCAUCGAAAGACACAUGGACUACUUUUUGACAAACAGCGACGGUUUACUUGUCCUGCUCAGCUCCUGCUACUUCCGGCGCUUAUGGUGUGUCUAUGAAUGGGGUUGCUUCGUGGCGACGCAUGGCAUAGACACUCUAGAUCGUGUUCGGGUCUGCCUCUCAUGGCUCUGCAGCAGUGCUCAUUUUCAGGUUCCUCUGGUGGCGGGUGACAUCGAAACCCUGUCCAUCGCGGACCUGAAGUGCUCCGAGCUCAACGACCAGCUGUACCUGCGGUCGGUGAUAGUGAACAAGUACCGGUCUGUGCAGGCCUUCAACCGCAUGGUUCAGGUUUCGGCUCUUUGUGCAUUGACGAAAUGCUACGCCGUUCUGGCCUUGGACUUCUGUACUCCUGGACAUGCCGAGCUUGAAGAAGCAUGGAGGGUUUUCAACCGGCACCUUCGAUGGCGGCACACCAAAUUCCUACUUCCUUGGAGAUCUGUCGCGGAGAAGCUGGGAUUGCCGAGCGUUUGCUCAGGGCUGGACAAGUUCUGGGAUCAGAUGCAGCGAUCGUUGAGUGCCAUGGAAGCGCGAGUCAUCGCACAUUCCCUUGACCGACUUUCACAGAUUCCGAAAAGGGUGUGGUCAUGA